GCCAAAGGCAAUGAGUUCUUUAAAGCCGGCAAGUAUGGCUUGGCCAUGCGCCAGUACAAACGCGUGGGCGUGUUGUUGGGCGAAGGCCUCAGCGGAGACGUCUCUGCCGAACUGACCACGCGGUGCAAACUCACAGACCGAUUGGCCAAGGGCAACCUGGCGAUGUGUCAACUCAAAAGUAAACUGUAA